AGGCUGGAUCUCGCUGGAGUGACACCUCUGGAUCUGUGAUCCCAGCAAUCAGCACCAGUGAGGAGCUUGGCUCAUUACACUUCUUUCUGCUGUCCUUUGCUGUGCACAUCUGUGUCACUGGACCCAUCCCUUGCUGCUUCCCUCUUUGCCUUGUCACCCCUUUUGGCCAGGGCCCUGAUCAGCUCCCUUUGCCCCAGCAGGUGCCCCCAGGCCUGACUGGGCUGGGAGGGGGCCGGAACCCACAGGGCUGAGCGCCCACGGGCACUGCCUUUGCCUCCCUCAGGGCAGCAGCUUUGCCUCAACCAACCACCCUCCAUGGCCUUGCCUCUGGGCUGCCAAUUGCUUUUAAGCAAGAGUGAAGCUGCUGCUGCUGGGCUUUGCUCCCAGCCACUGCCUCUGGGGGUGAAUCCCGGCUCCAUCACCUCCCUCCUGCCCAAAUGGCCUCUGGGCUCAUGCCAGGGAUGUGCAAAGUGCUGCCACAUCUGUCCCCUCCUGAGCCCAGGGAGCAGCCCUGGAGAGCCCCUGCAGCAGGGGUGUGCCUGGGCAUGCUGCCAGAAGGGCAUGUUCACAGCAAAAGCAUUGUCAAAACCCCCAGAUUACUCAACAACUUUCAUUUUUGAGCGAGGCAGCGCAGGAGGAAAUGGGACAGGCUGGGACAGGGUGACGAUUUGCUUCGGUUUCCGGACAGCUCAGCUGGGAUCAGGGACCCCUCCAAGGUGCCUGGUGACGGCCAAGCAGCUCCUGCUCCAGCCCAGAGUCCAGGAAAGAGCUCAGGGUCUCCAGGUUGUGCUCCAGGGAGGAGGAUGCUCUGCGGUUCCCCCAUCCACUGCUCUCUGCUGGCUUUUGUCAUUUCCACUUUAGUUUUCCAAGUUCCUCAGGGGCACUCAGCUCCACUCACCGUCACUGGACCCCCCGGCCCCAUCACCGUGGCCAAGGGCGAGGACGUGGUGCUGCCCUGCAGCUUCUCCCCGGGGCAGAAUGCACAGGACACGGAGGUGACCUGGUUUCGGGAGCAGUUCUUGCCCUUUGUGCAUCGCUACAAGUUGGGCCAGGACCAGUUUGGGGAGCAGAUGGUUCAGUACCAAGGGCGCACUGAGCUGGGGAAGGACGGCCUUGCCAAGGGCAGCGCGGACUUGAGGAUCUUCCGUGUCCAACUCUCUGACACAGGGAGUUACACCUGCUUUGUUCAACGUGGCUCAGAUUACGAUGAGGCUGUGGUGGAGCUCCAGGUGACAGCCAGCGGCUCUGCCCCGCUCAUCGCGCUGGAGCGCUACGAGCACGGGGGGAUCCGGGUGGCCUGUCGCUCUGCCGGCUGGUACCCACGGCCCCGGGUGCUGUGGCACGAUCCCCACGGGCGCCAUCUCCCGUCCCUCUCGGAAAACGCUACCCAGGACAAGAACGGGCUCUUUGCAGCUGAGAGCAGCAUCAUCCUCACCAGGGCUGGGACCCAGGAACUCUCCUGCUCGGUGCAGCACCUCCCGCACACACCAGGGCAGGGACCAGCCCUUUACGUCUCAGAUACCUUUUUCCAAUGUGCCCAUCCUUGGAGGAUUGCCCUGGGCGUGGUCCUGGCUGCUGUGGCUGCUCUCCUUAUUAUCACUGUUUACCUAUUUAAAAUUAAAGGUACCAUCCUGGGUUUGGGGCUGGGGAAGGGGCUGGGCAGCCAUCCUACUCAGCCACCUCCAGUCCGGAGGGAUGAGGGGGUUGAGAAACACCGGGAUGGAACCAGAGUCUUGUCCUGGUGUCUCAGGCACGUGUUUGGUGCCAGGGAACUUAAAAACCCACGAGGAACAGGCCCAGGAACUCGCCUGGAGAAGACACGCAGUGCCUAUAGAAGCAGGAAACUAAGUCUCGUCUUUCCUGCCUCCCUUUCAUUUGGUGCAUGUCCCACUUCCAGGCAAAUCUGGAGGAUCCUUGUCCUCGCGAACGUGGUUCUGGAUCCAGACACAGCCCACUGUGAGCUUGUCCUGUCUGACAAUGGCAAAAGUGUGAAACGACUUGACACACGACAGGACAUCCCCGACACCCCUGAGAGAUUUUACCCGUGGCGCUGCGUUCUGGGCCGUGAGGGCUUCACCUCGGGGAGACACUACUGGGAGGUGGAGGUGGAGGAUGCAGGAGGAUGGGCUGUGGGGGUGUCUAGAGAAGAUGUGAGAAGGAAGGGUGAUAUUGAGUUUAAACCAGAGGAAGGCAUCUGGGCAGUGGGGAACUGGGCAGGGCACUUCCAAGCUCUCACCUCCCCUGAUCGCAUUCCCCUUCCCAAAAUCAAGGCUCCCAGGCGGAUCCGGGUCUCUCUGGAUUAUGAAAUGGGACGGGUGUCAUUUUUCAGCGUUGAUGAGGAGAUUCCCAUCUUCGCAUUUCCACUGGCAUCAUUUGGGGGGAUAAAAGUCCACCCUUGGGUCUGGCUGGGUCCUGGGACAUAUCUGAAAAUAUGGCCCUGAUGAAAGGGAAGGAGGAAGACAUGGCUUUUUUAAGGGACCUGGGGAGUUCAGACUCACAGUAAGACUGAGGUUGGAAGGAACCUGUGGAGGUUUCUGUGGCAACCACCUGCUCAGAGCAGGGUUAACCUCAGGGCUGCCUUCAGUGUCUUUGGACCUUGUUCAGCUGAGUGUUGCAGGGUCUCCAAGGGCAAAGGUCUCAUUACCUCUCUGGUCCAAUGCUGCAUCUCUCUCAAGGGUAAAAACCAACCCUUUCUGUGUGAUCAGAAUUUCUCCAGUCGCGACUCGUGGUUGUUGUGUCUCAUCCUCUCCCUGCUGAACACCAAUUACACCAAAAAGGAAUCACUUUG